GCCUUGCAGAUAAUCUCGAGAGACAAAAGGAUCGACCCCCAUUUAUUUAUUUUUUGUUCCUGUAUGUCUGUCAGCUUGCGUCACCCAACAAGGACGCCAAACAAAAAUACACGACCGAUGCCCUGCCGAUUCAUUUGUGCCUGAUAGAUAUCUAACUACCAACCAAAAUUAAUUGACUUUUGAUAUAUGUUUUUCUGUUUUGCCCGGCAGAAGACCUUCCGUCACGCGAACCCGAAGCUCGGAAUCGCGGGUCCUCGCCAAAAACACCAAGCAAACGACCCCGCGUUUGUUUGACGCGGCCAACUGAACACUCUUGGCGCACGCUUUUUUUUGUUUCUUUGAAGCGAGAAUUCCCACGAUAAUUAGCCUUCAUUCUUCAGUGCCUCGAAGUGGCGCCACUAUUCAUCCGGGGCGUCGUAUUGGGGUGGCUGGUCCGAAUACUAUUUUCAUACCCGCUAUUUUGGUGGUCGUCUAGCUGCUUGGAGCAAAACAUCACACAGGGAAAUCAUCAACGGGGAACUUUUUCCCCCUAAGACUCUGGGGGAUUGCUCAGCACAUCAGCCGACCACCCGAGACCACACAGUUCAGACCAGAAAGGCCACGUCUCACUCCCUCAUUCGGACACUCACUAUUACUUGGUCGGACUUCACGUCGUAAUAGUCUCUUAGGCCGUGGGGACAUUCUAGGCAGGCAGGAAGGCAGGCAGGCAAGCCCCUGGGCUUACCCUAGGGCAACCAAGCAGCCAUGAGCUACAACCUUCCCAUCCGACAGUCCUCCUCUGCCUCGUCACCAAACAAUGACUCCCGUUCCUUCACGUCUUCUUAUGCGUCCCCAUCAGCCGAGGCCAUCAGUGGCCGGCCCCUCAGAGAGCCACUGAGAGACUUCGCCCCCAUUGGCGAUCGUCUUAUAGUUGGGGUUGAUUUUGGUACUACGUUUUCUGGAGUUGCCGCUGUAUAUACCGGAACCCCUGACGAUGUGGAGAUCAUCAAAUCAUGGCCUGGCGGCAACGGCAUCACCUCGGACAAGGUCCCCACCGAGAUCUCAUACGAAAUACCGGCCAACUCGCCCGAGGGGACGCCGCCCAAGGUGAAAUGGGGUCUCCAGUUCCGCCCCGAGGAGUCGAGGCUGCGCUGCAUCAAGCUGUUCCUGGACCGGUCGCAGAAGCUGCCCUUCUAUGUGAGCCCGCUGGAGACGGCAGCCCAGCUUAGGCGCUACAACAAGACGGUCGUCGACGCCGUCAGCGACUACCUCACGCAGAUCUACAAGCAUACGCUCGACACCCUGACCCGCCGCUAUGGCGAGUCGUUUAUGGCAUCGACAAAGAUUGACUUCGUCCUCACCUGCCCGGCCGUGUGGUCCGAUGCUGCAAAGAACACGACGCUGCAGGCCGCUGAGAGGGCCGGCAUGGGUUCCAGGUCGCAGAUCCAGAUGAUCAGUGAGCCGGAGGCGGCAGCUGUCUAUACCCUCAAGGCUAUACAGCCUAACCAUCUCAACGUCGGCGACAACUUUAUAGUGUGUGAUGGUGGUGGUGGCACAGUCGACCUUAUUGCGUAUAAAAUAAUAUCCCUAAAACCUCUGCGCGUUGAAGAGUCUGCCGUCGGAACCGGCGGUCUCUGUGGGAGCGCCUUCCUGAAUUACAGGUUUGAAGAGCACGUCAAGAACAGGCUCGGUGCUGGCAAGUUUGACGAGAUCAAGGUCAAGAAGAACAAGACAUGGCAGAUGGCCUUGAGGUACUUUGAGGACUUUGUGAAGCGUAACUUCAACGAGGAUGAGCACCAGGAAAUCAACGUGCCAUUCCCCGGUCUUCCCGAUGACGAAGAGGCCCAAAUUGACUCGGGUUUCAUGGUCAUGACGGCAACACAAAUCAAGGAGAUAUUCGAACCGGUCGUCAAGGAGGUGUGCGACUUGGUCCAAGGCCAGGUGGAGGGGCUACGAGCCAAGGGGGGCAUCGUCUCGGGCAUCAUCCUCGUGGGUGGCUUCGGUCAGAGCGAUUAUCUCUACCGGCGACUAAAGGCGCACUUUACAAGCGCAGCCCCUCCGCCUUAUAGCGAGCGGCCGACGCACACGAACGCAUCCGACCCGUACAUGGAGCACGCCUCCAUCGAGGUCAUGCAGCCGCUGUACGCCUGGACGGCCGUCGUGCGUGGCGCCGUGCUGAGGGGGCUCGAGGGCAACAUGGUCAUCUCGCGCAAGGCGAGGUAUCACUACGGCACAUCAUAUGCCACCGUCUACGACGAGGAGAAACACUCCGUUACGGAAAGAUACUGGUCGCCGUUGUGGGAGCGGUGGAUGGUUUCUGACCGGAUGCAGUGGCACAUUGCCAAGGGAGAGGCAAUAUCGCCCAUGUCACCCAUAGCAUUCCACUACACGCGGAACUUUAGACCGGGCCAGUCUCUGGUGGUGACGGACGAUUUGAUCGCAUGCGACGCCGAUGAGCCUCCUGCUGCGUACACGCGGGAUUUAAUACAUACGUGCACGCUGACGACGAACCUGAACGCGGUCCCGCGGAGCUUGUUCACCCGGCUCACGACGACGCGGGGAGUCGAGUUUGACAACCUCGACUUUACGCUCGAGAUGAUUGUCGACAGCGCGGGCCUGGGCUUUGAGCUCAAGGUGGAGGGCGUGAGAUACGGCAGGGUCGAGGCGGAAUUCCAUUGAUUGCCCUGUUUUUUUUUCCUGUUGCAUUGGAGUCGGUUUGCAAACUUGAAUUAUUUAUUCUUGCGUCUUGGUGAUACUUGCAGUUGGCAUUCUGUUUUUGAGUCCAGCGGAAACACAUUUACAGAUUUCACCGAAAGAAUAACAAAAUCAUACGAUCUUUAUAUAACUCAUGACCCCAGCGCAGCUUUCCUUGCUUAUUAC